UUUCAACGUUGCACCUGCAUGCCGCUUACAGCAUUACAGUAGAUAGAAAUAUUCCGAUCAUGUUGUUUUAUAAUAUAGAGAAGUGGAAGCUAAUAUAUAUUUAGGUGUUUUAAACAACUUCUUUCAAAUACGGAGUCAUCGGAAUUUCAGGAUGUUUGCAAAAGCGUUUCGUGUGAAAUCUAACACGGUUGUAAAGGGAUCCGACAGGAGGAAACUCAAAACAGAUAUAUCCACUGCUUUCUCUUCAUUAUCAGCGGGGGAUGUUAACCAUCUUGUCCCAAAUAAAGAAGAGCUGAAUAUUGUGAAGAUUUAUACACACAAGGGAGAUGCAGCCACUCUAUACGUCCUUCAUAAAAAUCCCAUUUUCUUUCAGCUGGAGAAACAGCUUUUCCCCACAGUGUACACACUUUGGCGAUUUCCUGACAUGUUACCAGCACUCACCACAUGGCCACCUGUCCUACAGAAGUUAGCUGGUGGAGCAGAUCUUAUGUUGCCAGGUGUAGUGGUAUCAUCUAGUGGCCUUCCUGAGGUAAAUCAAGGAGACUGCUGUGCUGUCAAUCUUGUGAUGAACAGGGCACCAGUUGCUGUUGGUACAGCAGCCAUGUCGAGUGCUGCGAUGAGGAAUAGUGGAAUGAAGGGGAAAGGAGUGAAUAUUUUGCACACCUACAUGGACCAGUUGUGGGCAUUUGGAGACAAGUCAAAUCCUCCAGUUAUACCGGUGACAGACUCUAUGGCACAGGUGGAGACAGAGGAAUGCGAGGAGGGAAUGACAGUAGACGGGCAAACGAGUGAAGGACAGGACAACCCUGAACCUACAACAGUUGAAACAUCUUGUCAGAGCAUGCAGGAGCUUACACUGACAGAGCAAGACGCUCAGGUGUUGAAGGAUGAAGAACUGGUCGAUGAUGAGGGAGAAGACACGGACGGAGAAGAAAACGACUCAAGAUCCCCACAAGAGCAAAUGGACGCGUUAUUGUUCCAGUGUUUCCUUCAUGCACUUAAGACUAAAGUAAAAAAGUCAGAGCUCCCCCUGCUGACCAGCAACUUUCUGCGCAACCACAUGGUGUCCUGCUGUCCUAGAGGGAAGCAAAUUGAUAUCAAGAAAUCCAGUUAUAAAAAGCUGUCUAAGUUUUUGCAGUGCAUGCAGCGAGAUCACAGUCUGGUUCAGGUGAAGGAGUUGAGUAAAGGUGUGGAGAGCAUUGUAGAAGUUGACUGGAAAAACCCUGAAUUGUCCUCCUUCAGCACCCCAGAGGAUUGUAGGCACGAGUCUGUGGAGGAGGGUGGAGCUUGUGAGGUCUCGUUCCAGCCCCCUGAAAUCACACCCCUGUAUGGGGUCACUGCACGCCUGGAGCCCCUCUUUCAGGAUGCCCGGAAAAGAAAGGGAGCGACUCUAAAGGCCAGUGAAGUGAGGAAUAUCAUCAUAGAUUAUGUCAAGAAAUGUGAACUUGUUAAUGAAACUAACAAGAACUAUGUUAAUAUUAACCCUACACUUUGUGACUGCUUGCUGGAAAAAUCAGAGUACCAUGACGUAGAGAAGCUAAUGUGGGAUGAUCUCAUUACCAGAACACUAAGUAAAAUGCAGGCAUGCCAUGAGGUGCUGGUUCCAGGUCAGCCUCCAAUGGUUAAGAAAGGUCAGAUGGAGCCCAUAGAGAUCACUGUAGCUUCCAGGGGCUCUAAUAAGAAGGUUACAAUUAUUAAAAACCUGGAGGCGUUCGGUUUGGACCCAGCUGUGGUGGCAGAUAUACUCCAGCAUCGGGUCCAGGCCAGCUGCAUCCUCCAGGAUUCCCCAGGCGUCAAAAACAAAGUUCUGGUGCAGGUCCAGGGAAAUCAGAUACAACAUGUUGGCAAAAUUCUGCUAGAUCAGUAUCACAUCCCACGGAAAUAUGUACAAGGUCUUGACAAAGCUCCUAAACCUGGGAAGAAGAAAUAGCAGACAUUCUCACAUCAUAUAGCUGUAUGUUUCUGUAACGUAUAGAGAAACUUCUGGUCAAGCCAAACUGUCAUUUGCGCAAUAAAGCAGUUCUCAAUUCA